UUGGCGCUGUCAGUCUACGCAAAAGCGAGAUUCGUCGGAAUCUCGUGUCUACCCGACGUGCGACUGCUUAGAUAACAGCUCUCUGCUGCGUUAAUAGCAACGAAAGGAAUCACAGGUGUUACAGGGCCUCUAGCACCGCCAUGCCCAAGAAUAAAGGUAAAGGAGGUAAAAACAGACGCAGGGGUAAGAAUGAGAAUGAAUCUGAAAAAAGAGAAUUGGUAUUUAAAGAGGAUGGGCAAGAGUAUGCUCAGGUAAUAAAAAUGUUGGGAAAUGGACGAUUAGAAGCAAUGUGCUUUGAUGGUGUAAAGAGGUUAUGCCAUAUCAGAGGAAAACUGAGAAAGAAGGUUUGGAUAAAUACCUCAGAUAUUAUAUUGGUUGGUCUACGAGACUAUCAGGAUAACAAAGCUGAUGUCAUUUUAAAGUACAAUGCCGAUGAAGCUAGAAGUCUGAAGGCAUAUGGCGAGCUUCCCGAACAUGCUAAAAUUAAUGAAACAGAUACAUUUGGUCCUGGAGAUGAUGAUGAAAUACAGUUUGAUGAUAUUGGAGAUGAUGAUGAAGACAUUGAUGAGAUUUAAAGUGAACUCAAUAUUUUACAUUCCACCUUUUCUGAGGAUUUGUUCUACGGUUGGGAUAUUGGCCCAUCACCUGUUAAGAAGACUAAAAAUUUUUUGGCACAUAGUAUUUUAGAGUAUAGCUUGUUGAAACUAUUUUCAUUGUUUUAAAGUAUUUACUGUAUUUCUUUAAAAGCUGAGGAUGCUGAACUAUCUUAAGUGAAAUAUUGAUAUGUUUUGUUUCGAUGGAUUAGAAUUGGGGGUUAAAAAUCAUAAUACCUGUUGUUCAAACAACAAAAAAAAAUACCUUUAUUUCUGUGACCAUGACCACUUCCAGUAUAUGGACGGUUUAAUAGAUUAUUUCUUUACAGUCAUCAUGGACUGUGACAAAAGCCCUAAUUCCAAUUUAUCUGUUUGUUAUAGAGAGGUUCUUAAUAUUCCAGUUAGCUAGAUGUUCUUUUUUGAGAUUUUUGAUACACUUUAAGAAAGAUUGCUAGAUACCUGCAUUUGGAAUCAGAAAACAAAUAGGAUAUUUUUCAUAUUUAUGUAGCUAUAUGUAUUUUUAUACUAUCUUUGAUACCUUAGACAUUUUUUCAACAUUUUAUGUUGUCAUCAUUUUGAAGAAGAAAAAAAGCACUUCUAAAAGGCAGUUUUUUAAAAACAUAAUUUUGAGAACAAAGUUUAAAUUUGUAAGAAAAAUAGCCAGAAAUUGAACCCUUGAUAAUAACCAGAAUUGGGAAUUCUGGUCAAUUGAUGUAUUAAUUGAUGUAUUAAUGUAUUAAUGUAUUAAUGAUGUAUUCUGUCAAUUGAUGUAUUAAUUGACAGUGUUGCUACUUAAUUUGCACGGAAAUUGAUGGUAAGAUACAUAAGGUUAUUUUUUACUGUUCAAAAUAAGAUGUCAUUUUAUUUUCAAAUGUAUGCAUUGUAACCCUAAGUUUCAAACUGUAUAAAAAAUUAAAUUGGAAUGUUUUAUUGAAAAGCUAAUUUUAUGAUAAAUUCUACUUUGUCAACUUAUCCCUAAUUUGGAAUAAAGGAAAGGAACAACACUGAAAGAUGGAUUCUGUUUUCCAAGUGGAAAAGACUCAGCAAAGCAAUAUAAUAAAGUGUUAUGUUGAGUAUAGUUUGUUUGCUUUAUGUUACUAAUCUGUUGUGUUUUGUGUACAUAUUAAUAGGAAUUUAGACCCUAAUCUUUUUAGUUUUUUUUCUUCUUAAGGUAAGCAGCUAGAAGAUAAAAAGAUAACAUCUGGACUAGUUACACUUAACUAGGCAUAGUUAAAUCUUAUGUAACUAUGGUAGAAGAGAUUCAUGAAUUAGUUUAUGUUCUCUUCAAUAUUUUUUAGUAAUGAAAAUCUCUUUUGUUUUAAGAGGUAGUCUUCAUCUGUCACCUAGGCAGGAGUGCAGUGGCAUAAUCAGAGCAUAGUACAACCUCAAACUCCUGGGCUCAACUGAUCCUUCUGCCCCGUUAAUUUGUUGUUGUCAUUGUCGUCGUCGUCAUCAUCAUCACAUCACAGUAUGGCCCAGGCUGGUCUUGAACUCUGGCCUCAGCUUCCCAAAGUACUGGGAUUACAAGUGUGCACCACUACACCCAGCCUCAUAAUUAAAUUUAAUGUUAAGGGAAUAUGCCUUCAUCAGAAUUCAAUAAUACAAAUAUAAGGAAGAAUAAACUUUGUAUGGCUUGAACUUACUUAGCUAUAAUUUCAGUUAAGUGAGAAAACGCGAAUCUGAAGCCAGAAAAUAUGUAUCUUUAAUAAUGAGAAAUAAUUAUUCUUAAUAAUCGCUUUCUUUGAUGUUCUUGAACACUUGUUUAGAUGAAAUAUGCCUAAGAUCAAAAACUGGGGUGAUGCCUAUAGCUCAGUUGGCAAGGGUGCCAGCCACAUACACCUAGGGUAGCGGGUUUAAACCUGGCCUGGAUCUGCUGAGCAACAAUGACAACUGCAACCAAAAGAAAAACAGCCGGGCGUUGUGGCGAGUGCCUGUAGUCCCAGGUACUUGGGAGGCUGAGGCAAGAGAAUCACUUAAGCCCUAGAGUUGGAGGUUGCUAUGACCUAUGAUGCUACAGCACUCUACCUAAGGUGACAGCUUAAGACUCUGUCUCAAAAAAGAAAAAAAAUCAAAAACUGUGCUUGAAUACUCUUAAAAUAGCUUUUAAGGAUUGAAUUAUUGUUUGUGUUUGUAAAUAUACAUGCUUACAUAACAUGUAAAAUUUUCUGACACAUUUAGCCUAAUGCACAUAGAAGUAUGUUGCUGUAUUUAUGGUACAUAAUGCUCUUUUCUACAUUUCGCUAAGAAUGUGGGAACUCUGCAUAUGUAAUAAACAGUUCAUGAUAGGUAUAAAGCCACUCAAAUACUUUUUUUUCCUAUUACUUUCCUCUAUUAGAUUGUCUAAAAAGUCUUCUAGAAGUACAAAAUCUGGAAUCAUAAUUAAGGUUAACUGAAGUUUUAUCUCAUAUGCCACAUUAUUUGGGAGAAUUAUUUUGUUAACAUUUAAUUUAGAAAUUAAAGAGAUUCACUAAUUUGAUUAUAUUUCAAAUAUGAGAUGAAAGUUGUUAGGAAGAAAGGAUUUAUGUUGUUUUCUCCAAUGCAAUGUUAAAAGGUUUGCUCAUAAUGAAAUGUUUGAAGAUUAUUACUGCUGUUGUUGUACACAGUUUGCUAAGAUUGCAUUUUUUGUUCAGUGUUUAUUCUCAUUGCAGGUAGAGUAUAGGUAUGUAGAGUGUUGUAUAACUUCACCUGCAGCUGGCAGGGUGACCAUGAUUAAGUUCUUGAGCUUGUCUGAGUUAGUUCUUUCAUUUGUAAGUUGAUACUGACAAUGCAAGACAGGCCUUGAUUUUGGGGGUAUGUGGGGAGAGAUGGUUUAAAUAGAAUAACAUUUUUUACUUUAUUAAGGAAUGGCCAUUGGAUUUCUUGCCAGAUCUUUGGGCUCAUGGUCAUAAAUAUACAUGCUUACAUAACAUGCAUUUAGUAGUUUAAUCCCAACUAUGAUGAAUAAAUAUUUAAUUAGCCCCAUUCACAGUAGUGCCAAAGAAGAUGAAAUAUUUGGGAGUUUAUCUAACAAUGGAUGUGAAAGAUCUCUAUAAAGAGAACUAUGAAACU